CCACGUCAAUCAGCGACACUGUGAUUACAUAAGGCAAGGUUUACCACCAAAGUCGCUGGUCCGCGAAUUAUUCUGUAUGGAAUCCCUACUUUUUCUGCCCGUCCUUGCGACGUGCAGACUCUUGCUAGCAUGGGUGCAUUUUCCUGUCCCUGAUGGCCUUCUGAUAGAUCACCAGCUGACUUCACCCUUGACUUCAUACUUUCGUCUUAAAGAAGGGCUGUGGCUAUAUAACCACGGUGUUGAUCCGUACGUGGGGGGCAUUCUUAAGCAUUCCCCUUUGUUCCUUUCGCUUUUUUCAACCGUCCCUCCAGGACGUGUCGCAUGGGCUCUGUCCGAUAUUGUAGGAGCAUGGGCUCUUGUCCGUAUCUGGCGCUCUAGGCAACAGCUGGGCCAAAGCCGCCGUGACGGACUGGUCGGGACUGCCUAUCUGCUUAACCCGUAUCUUCUCUUACCGUCCCUCGCAUCCUCAACGUCAACUUUCGAGAAUGGAGCAGUUCUCCUUACGCUUAUGUUUGCUGCAGAAGGGAGGCCAUCACCCGCUCUCCUUGCUCUCGCGUUAUCAACACACCUCUCGCUUACCACGUUGCUCCUUGUUGUUCCCGUCCUCAUGUUGUUGGCGACUUCACCCACUUCUCAGCUUGCAUCACCACGUUUGUUCGGAGGGAGUUAUUGGAAGGUGCUCAGGUAUGCAAGUGAAUUCGUGGUAUACUGGUUCGUUCUCGUUUGCGCAGCCUCCAUCAUGGCUGGAGGUGUAUGGAAUUGGAUGCGCGAAUCCUGGGGUGCAAGUUUGAUCUUGCCCGAUCUGACACCUAAUCCUGGGUUCUGGUGGUAUUUCUUCACCGAAAUGUUUGACCACUUCCGACCAUUUUUCCUUAUGGUAUUUUCUACGCACCUUGUUAUCUAUGUCAUGCCAGUCUGUAUUAAGUUCCAGCACGACGCACUUUAUGCAGCUUUCCUCCUGCUAGGAAUUUUGGGUGCCUUCAAACCAUAUCUCACGUUAGCGGAUCCUGGUCUGUUUCUCAGCAUGUUCGCAGUAUUUCCUGAGAUAUACCCAUACCUUCGCCACGCAAUAGUAACCGCUCUUUUGCACGCCCACGCGUCAUUGUUACUCCCACUUUUCCAUGCUCUGUGGGUCAUCGAAGGUCGUGGCAAUGCAAAUUUCUAUUAUGCAUCCAGCUUGGUGAUGGGUAUUGCAGGUGGAGCUGGUAUCGUGGACGCAUGUUUCGCUGGGAUGAGAAUCGCCGUUGGAAGUGUUCCCGAAGUGGAGAGAGGUAAAUGGGAGGUUAUACAGCAAUAAAGGCUCCCUGAAAUGAUCAGACAUCGCCUGGGCUCAUGGCACGUGGGUAUAUUUUAACGUGUAUUUCCUCUCGGUGCGGAGGCCCUUGGCAAAGAGUGUUUUCGUCCUGGCGUUCAGGGACUGGGGUUGGAUACCUUGACGUAUUCACCCCCCAUCACCGAGUUCAAGUAACCUGCAAAAAUGUUCCGUACUGUCCGCAUUGCGGAGUAGUGUUGCCGCGAGGCAAACCAAACUGAAUUGAGGUGGAUUAGCUGACCAGUUUGACCCACUUUGAUAGGGAU